CUGCGCAGUACCGAAGUUCUUACGCACAGUUAAAAGCUGGAGGUUUGAGCUGGCGACCCCUUUCCGCAGUCCCUCUCGGUGCCGAACUGCUGAACUCCACUCUCCCACGUCGAGGCCCCUCCCUCCCGGGGCCCUGCACCCGACAGCCGGUACGGCACGGCAUUAAGAUUGAGUAGGGUCCGAAGCGGGACCAGGUUUCCCAGUCCCCAUGGCAUUCGCCAUGCUGCGCCCAGUGGCCGCCCACGUGCUGUACCCCGACCUCAGCCUGCUAAGUGAGGACGAGGAGAACCGGAGCGAGAGCGAUGCUUCGGACCAGUCAUACGGUGGCUACGAAGGACUGGAACCGACUCGGCGGCGGGCCGGGAGUGGGGCCGGGGGCGGUGGCGGCCGCCGAGCUGGGGCCGGGGGCGGUGUUGGAGGUGGCGGGGGACCAGUGGUUGUAGUGAAGCAGAGACAAGCGGCUAACGCGCGGGAAAGGGACCGUACCCAGAGUGUCAACACGGCCUUCACGGCGCUGCGCACACUCAUCCCCACCGAGCCCGUGGAUCGCAAGCUGUCCAAGAUCGAGACCUUGCGAUUAGCCUCCAGCUAUAUCUCCCACCUGGCCAACGUAUUGCUGCUGGGCGAGGGCUGCGACGACGGGCAGCCGUGUUUCCGCGCCGUCUGCGGACCCAAGGGCGAGCGCAGCGCAUCUGGGAGCGGUGGUGGAGAUACUAGACAGCAGCCCCGGACUAUCUGUACUUUCUGCCUCAGUAAUCAGCGCAAGGCGGGCAGUCGACGGGACCUUGGCGGCAGCUGUCUGAAGGCGAGAGGGGCAGCCCCACUUCGGGUGCCAAGGAGAUGAUCCUGGAGUCCCCUCCCUGACGUGUUCAUUCUACAUGGUGGUCCCAGAAUCCUGAAGAGGGUCGAAGGACAGGGCAGGGGAGGAAAGGGGCCUAGCUGGCCUGUGCUGGGCAGACCAGGAGGAGACUAAGGGUCCCAGAGCUACCCCACCUGUGUAGGCUAAGAGACUGGGUGGGGAUGUUAGUGCUUGGGCUGGGGGAUAGGCUGGAUCUCCUCCUCCUAGGGUCUCAAGGCUGUGGUCCAACUCUCAGAGAGUCCUAACUCCACCAGUCCUCACUGGUCAGAGACAUUGCAGAAUUCAAAGAAUUAAGUCUAUUGGUGUGUGUGCAUGUGUGCGUCAGUGUGUGUAUAUGUAUGGGUGUGUGUGUGUGUGUGUGUGUGUGUGUAUGCACGCGCAUGCGUGCAUGCUGGGAAAUGUUUAUGGAAUAUCUAGGCAUGUGUGUGUCCAGGUUUGAAAUAAAAGUUAUUUUUGAUCUGCUGGCCUGUGUCCUGUUCCCAGGUCAGAAAAGAAGGUUUUUACAGACUCACCACCUGCUGGCUAAGGAUAGAGAGUCUCUAAGAGGGUUCUAUUUUAUGCCUCUACUAUAAACUGAUUAAAUGAGAAUAAACUAGAAUUAACAAAGUAAAGAAAACCUAGAAUCAUUUAACCAAAGAAAGAAAGAAGCUGAGGUUCAGAUGGCAAAUGAAACUUGCUCACAGUUACACAGCAAGUAAAUGACAGAGCCCAGACUAGAAACCAGGUCUGCUGAUCCUCAUUGCUCUGCUCUUUUCCAUGCACACCAUUAUUCCUGCCUAGAAUUGGGGGUAGCUUUGACUGUUGAUACUGAUGGAAAAAGACCUCUAUGAACUUGUCAUGUUUCUGCCUGAAAAAAAAAAAGUCCUUUUCUCUAAGUUGUCCUUGGGACUAGGGGUCAUCCUAUAAGAAGGGAGUAAGAACAACUCUCGAGUGAGGUACAUACUGGCUCUUCCUCUGACCCCAUCCCAGACCCCUGGGAUCUAAUGAACUAGAUGAAAGAUGCUCCCCAAAUUGAUAUUCCUCAGCCUUAUUCUCAGGUACCUAAAAUAGAAAGCAGUAAAGAAUACAAACCCAAGAAGGGAAAAAUUAUAGAAGUAGAGACUAUCAAAACUAGAGAGACCAUCUAAGUCCAAUCCCUUAAUGCUACAGAGAAGCCAUCCUGGGUCAAUUUCAUGGUUCUCUUUAUACCAGGCAUUUGCCAUACUGGCUGAGAUCCCCAAUAUCCUAGCACAGGAGAAGUUAAACUGAGGAGCAUUAAACCCUUUCAGAAUGGAGCUAAUGUAUCCUAAUACUUUGGCUCAGAUUUGCUCUGAAAUUUGGGAGCUAUAAUGCAAAAUCUGCAGGCCUCAUUUUUCACUUGUUCUAGGGGAAACUUCCUUUCAUGUGUCCCAGCCUCUGGCCAGGUCCUCAAAGCUUGUAGCUAAUUAAGAAAGUGUGAUGCCCUCUAAUUUCUUUAUUCCCCUCUCUAGCAUAUUAAAAGAAAAAAGUAUGCAACUUAAUAGCAGAAACUAUGGAGGAAUGGGAUCUAUCAUCUGAUUCUUGUUCCCUGAAUUGAUUCAAUGAUGAAGAGAAAACUUUCAGGCUCUAGAGUUAUAAAUUAGCAUGCUGUGUGACCCUAAGAAAAUUGCAUGUCUUCUCUGGGCCUUUAUUUUCCCAUAUCUAAAGUGAAAGUGGGCUGUUUUGGUUAAUUUAAACAAGUCCUUCCAAUUUUUAAAGUGUUAAGAGUUUCUUUAAAAAUCCAUAAUCACCCCUACCCCCACCUCCACUCCCCUAACAUUGGAAGAGGCUUUGCUUGCGGCUGGGAAUUAGCGGGGUCAGGCCCCAGUUCACAUGACUGGAACAGGCACAGCUGUGGACCAGGCACCUCUGGGAGCUCCUUUCCCAACCCCACUGUUCUUCCUUGUACAGCAGGGGCCCCUCUCCAGCCUCUAGGAGUGGCCAGCAUUGUCCUGCUUGGGUCAGAAGCCCAAAUUAAGAUGUCCUGCCUAAGCAGGAAGUGAAACAGGAAUUGGGAGGGUGGGGGACCCAGGUGAGAAAAAGGGACCCCAUGAUCCCCCAUCAGAACCUCAUGGCAUGAUGAAAUAAAAUGAUCAGCUCAGCCUCUUUUACUUCUGCCCCAACCCCCAUCACUGAGGAAAGGACAAGAAUUCCAGACUGAUCUCUAUCCAAACUAAACUUCAACUCCCCACUAAGGUCCAGUCCUGAAAACUUGUUUGAGAUGGAGGUCUGAUCUCCCCAACUCUAUUCCAUCCUCCAGCUGUGAUUUAUGUUACCUUGACCUUAGCACAGCUGGUGUUCCACUGGGCCUGGCUGGCCAAGGUGGUGGGGAAGUAGCCUUUGGUUCUCAGCGUAUCUAAUCCGUACCAGACCUGAUUAAUCCCCAGCAACUUCUGUGGACACUGAGGGGCCCAGGGACCUGGGCUCCCAGGAGAUGAGGGUUGUAGGGCAGGGUGGUAGGGCCUGGAAACAUAACUACAGGCCAAGACUGGGGGAAGAGGGGGGUAGUGGGGAGAGGGUGGGAACUGACUAUGUGUUGGGCUGCUGGACAGUUUGAGAGAAUGGAAAGGGGGGCUAGGGAUAAAGGCCAAUGGCACCCCUUGGGACCUGGUAUUGGCUGGGAUACAUAUUCUUAUCCUAGAAAACUGGGAGGCAAUAGAGAAAUGAGAUUUGGAGUCAGACAAUUUGGAUUUGAAUUAUGACUCCAUAAUGUGUUAUGUGACUUUGGGCAAAUUACUUAACAGCAUCAUAGAUUCAUCUGUUUAGAACCGGAAGAAACCUCAGAAAUUUUCUGGUUUAACUCCCUCAUUUUAUAGAUGAAACAAGCCCAGGGAAUUUUGUCCAAGGUCACACAGGUAUUAAAUAGCAGUCCUGGGAUCUGAAUCUGAUCCUCUCACCCCGGAUUCAGCCUUCUUUUCAUUGCAUCCAUCUCUGAACCUCCAUUUCUUCAUCUGAAAUAUGAGGGGUUAGAGCAGAUAAAGUGAAUAAAAACAGAGCAUUUGCAGCUGAUCCCUGAAUCUAGGGGCAGAAAUUAUAUAUACUGGGUCAACAUAAGCAUUUUAUUAUCCUUUCUUUUAUGUGUCAAUAAAUGUUGGAAGGGCUCUUAGAUUAAAAUAUAGAAUAACAACUGGAUGAUAUCUUGCCUCGGCCCGCGAGGCAGAGUGUGUGGACCCUAGAAGAAAAGAGAUAAGGAGCUUGGGACAGAGGAAGGCGAAGAAUGGAGGCAAGACAAAUUAUUCUGAUCAAGCCUCAUUUU